AUGGCUGACAACAAGAGAGAGCCCACUGCCGCUGAGGCUAUGCUGUUCUUCAGCAUCGUCAAGCAUACGCGCAACAAGGCCGACGUUGACUGGACCGCUGUCGCUACUGAGGCUGGAUUCAAGAAUGCUGAUGUCGCCAAAGUCCGCUUCGGCCAGGUCAAGCGCAAGCUGGGAAUCUCUACUGAGACCACCGCGGCCCCUCGCGCCCCGGCUACCCCCCGAAAGACAGCCGGCGGUCGUGUCUCCAAGACCACUACCCCUCGCAGCGCCGUCAAGGGCAAGGGGAAGAACAACAAGGUCAAGAAGGAAGAGGAGUCCUUCGACAUCUUUGACGAUGACGAAGAGAUGCCCAAGCCUCCCGUGAAGGAUGAAGAUCACGACUCGGAGAAGACUCCCGAGAAGAAAUCGGAUGACCAGCACAACUUUGGCGACUUUGACGACACCGACAUUGAGUACCCCUUCUUCCAGUAA